AUGGCUUCAGUGGCAGCUGCUGCACUAGCUUCGCUCUCUUCUUCACUCUCUUCUUCACUCUUCUCCAAACCCUCACUCUCUCUCAUACCCAUCCGUACACUCCCUCGCAUCACCUGUUCCCUCUCUACUUCUUCUUCUUCUUCCUCUCUAGAGUUCAACAUCACCUUCGCGCCACCUAAGCCCAAGCCCAAACUCAAACCCGACUCCGCAGAGCCCGACCCGGAGGCUCUCGCCGGCCAGCUCAUCAUCCCGUGGAUCGUCCGCGGCGAGGAUGGCAACCUCAAGCUCCAGUCGCACCCUCCUGCGCGUUUCCUCCAGGCCAUUGAGACCAAGAGCAAGACGAAGAAGAAGAAGGAGAGCGCUGAGAAGCGCGUGCCCACAGCUGAGCCCAAGUAUUCAAAAGCCGCUCGUAGGUUCUACAACGAAAAUUUCAGAGACGCUUCGCAGCGGCUCAGCAAGGUUCUCGCUGCUGCCGGAGUGGCGUCAAGGAGGAGCAGCGAGCAACUUAUUUUUGAUGGGAAGGUCACUGUGAAUGGCUCUGUAUGCAAUACUCCUCAGACUCGAGUUGAUCCUGGAAGGGAUAUCAUAUACGUCAAUGGAAAUCGGCUUCCAAAGAGACUGCCUCCAAAGGUUUAUCUUGCCCUUAACAAGCCUAAAGGGUACAUUUGCGCAUCUGGGGAGAAUAAAUCUGUGUUGAGUCUAUUUGAAGAUUAUUUGAAGACUUGGGAUAGGAGAAAUUCCGGAAUACCCAGACCACGACUAUUUACUGUUGGCCGUCUUGAUGUUGCUACAACUGGGUUGAUCAUUGUGACUAAUGAUGGAGAUUUUGCUCAAAAAGUAUCACAUCCUUCAUCAAACUUGUCAAAGGAAUACAUUGCCGCAAUAGAAGGUGUAGUCGGUAAGCGGCACCUGUUAGCCAUCAGUGAGGGAACAGUCAUUGAAGGCGUCCAUUGCACCCCAGAUUCUGUGGAGUUGCUACCACAACAGCCAGAUAUGUCAAGACCCCGUUUGCGUAUUGUGGUUCAUGAAGGGAGGAACCAUGAAGUACGAGAACUAGUGAAAAAUGCUGGACUUGAGAUACAUUCAUUAAAGCGCGUACGCAUAGGUGGUUUCAGGCUUCCAUCAGAUCUUGGGCUUGGAAAGCACAUGGCUUUAAAACAAGGCGAUCUUUCUGCCUUGGGUUGGAAGAGUUAG